AACACUUACAGUCCCUUCUUUAGGCAGAACCUGUAGUGCAGCAGAAGACGGGAAUAAUGCUGUUCCACUGCGCCUUCCUGCUCGUGUGCCUGGCACUGACAGUCGACUGUACGCUGAUAGAGUCUUCACGUCUGCUGCUGAAUCCAGAUGUGGACGCAGUGCGCAUCGCUUCUGACCACGAACAAGCACCUGACGGCUACAUUUUUCCAGAUUUUGUCAUAUGGCGCAUAGCCUUAAAACAAAACAAACUGGAGAGCGCCACACCCUUCAGAGAACAUUCAUCAGACGAGAGGGACGUCAUGAAGCGACAAGAGGAGGCCGCAACUUUCAACACCAAAACGGAGGAGAAAAAGCGCAAACCUGGGUGUAGAAAUUACUACUGGAAAUCAUGGACAGCUUGCUGA